AAGACCUAAUCGCAUAUCCAACUGAACCCCCAAAAAUAACUAGUAUCGACACAGAACAUAAGAGAAAAGAUAAACCAUUGUCUAAUAAAAGUGAAGUCCAAACAAUACAGUUCCCUAUGGAAACUGCUCCAACACCACCAUGUAUUGAAACUGAAAACACAAUGUGCAACAUAGAAAUAGAAUCACAAGACAACUUUUGA